UUCCUGUCUGCCUCUAAAAAGAAAAGGGGUUGAUUGGACAGCAGCAGAAAAGUGAAAUAAAAUUUCCUUACGACAUAAUAUUUUCUUUUCUUCCCACUUGGGCAUUUCUGCAUGGUAAAACUGAUGGCUUAGGAAAUAGAUUCAGUGUUCAGGAUGUUUGGUUAGGGAGCGCACAUUUAUUGUUAUUAAUAGUGAUGUUAAUAACUAUUAUUAAGUUCUUACUCUAUGUUAAUAUAGGGGUUGAUUUGGACUCCCUCCGUACUAGGCAGCAGCAAACAUUUUUUGUCAAAGGCCAGAUAACAGAUAUUUCAGCUUUGUGGGCCAGAGCUCCCUGCUUUCACAGCUUCUCAGCUUUGCCAUCGUGGCAGGAAAUGGCCACAAUCUGCAAUGGACACUGAAGUUGAGUUUCAUACCACUUUAACGUAUCAUGAAAAUUUUUUGAUCUUUUCUCAGUUAGUAAAAAAUGUAAAAACUACUCUUGGCUUUGGGGCCUUACAGAAGCAGACAGUGGGCCGGAUGUGACUUGUGGGUCUAGUUUGCUGACCUCUGAUUUAUACCUUAGCUCAUUUAAUCGUUACAACCACCUCUGAGAUUUUUUUUAUGGUGGCAUAUUUGAAUACUGAUUUUUUAAAAAGUAGACUUUGUUUUUUAGAGCAGGUUCAUAGCAAAACUGAGCAGAAAGCACUCUCAGUUCCCAUAUACUUGCGCCACAUGCACAGCCUCUUCUGCUGUCAACAUCCCCAACUAGAGUGGUGCACUUGUUAAGCAGUCAAUGAACCUCCAUUGACACAUCAUUAUUAUCCAAAGUCCAUAGGUUACAUUAGAGUUCACUCCUGCUGCUAUCCUUCUGUGGAUUUGGACAAAUGAUUCACCAUUAUAGCAUCAUACAGAAUAGCUUUGCUGCUCUAAAAACCCUUUGUGCUCCACCUAUGCAUCCCUUCCCCCCAAUUCCUGGCAACCACUGAUCUUUCACUGUCUCCGUAGUUUUGCCAUGUCAAAUAGUUGGAAUCAUGUGGUAUGUAACUUUCUGAGACUGACCUCUUUCACUUAGUAAUAUUCAUAUCAGGUUCCUCCAUGUCUUUUCAUGGCUUGAUAGCUAAUUUUGUUUUAGUACCUGAUGAUAUUUUAAGGCACUGGUAGUUUCUGUCCCAUUUUAUGGAUGAAGAAACAGGCACAGAAAGGAUUAAUACCUUGCCCUGGAACAGCUUGUACAGAUCUGUCUGACUCCAGGGCCUGAUCCUAUAAACAUUUCACCAUGCCUCUGAAUCCCGGAGAAAUUUUGUUUCUCAUGAUGAAGAAUGUCACAUGGCAGAGUUGGGGUAAAUGGAAAAUCAGGGCAAUGGAGCCAGCCACUUUGCUUGCAGAAACUAUCCACAGCUUCCUGCAUAUGGGCAAAAGGGAAAAACCUGGAAAAUAAGACUUUCUUUCAAAAGUUUCAAAUAUUUAGAAAAUAGGUAGAAAAAUGCUGUGUGCUUUUGAAAUUCGGGUAUAACACACUUUCUGCUUUAUACUGGUUUGAGAAAAUGUUUCUUUUCCCUUACCCUGAAUUUUAUUAUCUUUCAGAUUAUAUCUGGGUGCUGGUACCCAGUCACUCCUCUGCCAAUGAAGUACAUCCCGGUCACUGGGGGGGUUAUCUCUGGCGUCGGUAAAGGGAUCAUCGCCAGCAGCAUUGGGACGAUUCUAAAGUCACGUGGACUCCAAGUUACUGCCAUCAAAAUCGACCCCUAUAUUAACAUCGACGCGGGCACUUUUUCCCCUUAUGAGCACGGUGAAGUGUUUGUCUUAAGUGAUGGUGGAGAAGUUGAUUUAGACCUUGGUAAUUAUGAAAGGUUCUUGGAUAUUAAUCUUUAUAAGAACAACAACAUCACCACUGGGAAGAUAUAUCAGCAUGUGAUCAAUAAAGAGAGGCAUGGUGAUUACCUGGGGAAAACCGUACAAGUUGUCCCUCAUGUUACUGAUGCUAUCCAGGAGUGGGUUAUGAAUCAAGCCCUGGCGCCUGUGGACAAUAAUAACGAAGAGCCCCAAAUAUGUAUUAUUGAGCUGGGUGGCACCAUCGGAGACAUUGAAGGAAUGCCAUUUGUGGAAGCAUUCAGACAAUUCCAGUUUAAGGCAAAAAUAGAAAAUUUCUGUAAUAUCCAUGUCAGCCUUGUCCCUCAGCACAGUGCUACUGGAGAACAAAAAACUAAACCCACACAAAACAGUGUCCGUGUGCUGAGGGGGUUAGGCCUGUCUCCCGACUUGAUUAUCUGCCGAAGCUCUACACCCAUUAAAAUGGCCACGAAGGAAAAGAUUUCUAUGUUUUGUCACGUGAACCCUGAACAGGUCAUAUGUAUCCAUGAUGUUUCUUCCACAUAUCGAGUACCUUUGCUUUUGGAGGAACAAGGCGUUGUUAAAUAUUUUAAAGAGAGAUUGAAUCUGCCCAUUGUUGAUUCUGCAAGUAAUCUGCUUUUCAAGUGGAAAAAUAUGACUGACAGGUGUGAAAGGUUACAGAAAACGUGUUGCAUAGCCCUGGUUGGCAAAUACACCAAGUUCAGGGACUGCUACACCUCCGUGUUCAAAGCCCUGGAACACUCGGCCUUGGCUGUCAGCCACAAGUUGAACCUGAUGGUGAGCUCCCAGCCGACUCUUCCACACAUUUCACUCGUUCACUCUGAUAUCUUCAAUGAGCUAUGGAUUUCCAUCUGCUGGGCUGAUGGAGUUCUUGUGCCAGGAGGCUUCAGAAUCAGAGGAAUGCAGGGAAAAGUCCAGGCAAUUUCUUGGGCAAGGACAAAGAAGAUUCCUUUUCUGGGAGUUUGCCUCGGGUUGCAGCUUGCAAUGAUUGAGUUUGCAAGAAACUGCCUUAACUUGAAAGAUGCUGAUUCCACGGAAUUCGAGCCGAAUGCCGGUGUUCCUGUGGUGAUUGAUAUGCCUGAACAUAACCCUGGUGAUUUGGGAGGAACAAUGAGGCUGGGAAUAAGAAAAACUGUUUUCAAAACUGAAAAUUCAAUAUUAAAGAAACUUUAUGGUGACGUACCUUUUAUUGAAGAAAGACACAGACAUCGGUAUGAGGUGAACCCUAGCCUGCUCAACCAAUUUGAGUGGAGUGACUUACAUUGUGUAGGCGAGGAUGUCAGCGGGGAGAGGCUGGAAAUCGUUGAACUGGCAAAUCACCCCUAUUUUGUUGGUGUCCUAUUCCAUCCUGAGUUUUCUUCUAGGCCGAUGAAGCCUUCCCCUCCGUACCUGGGGCUAUUACUUGCGGCUACUGGGAAACUGAAUGCGUACCUGCAACGGGGACGCAAACUGUCUAAGAGUCACCUCUUUCUGCUAAUGGAGAAGAAAUGGUGGCUGCCCUGGGGUAACAUAAAAGUGACAGCUACAGUGAUUCCAGUGAUGACAGCAUGUCAGAGCCAAGGACAGCUGAGGUGGAAAUAAGCUGAAACUAAUACAUGACUCAGAAUAACCAGGAUGGCCUGAGCAAGCCAUGAAAUAACUAAAGCCAAGAUGAAGGAACUUUCUGAAGAAAUCACCACACUCUUAUUUAACUCUGUUUGCUACCAAACAUGGGAUGAAAGUCUCCAAGGGAAUCUAACAGUCUGGGCUUCCAGAACCAAAGGGGUAGUUUCCCCUUUCCCUCCAGAGGUGGCCUUUGGUUCUCACAAAUUUUUGUAGCUGAUUAAACUUUUUCCAACAACCUAA